UUAGAUUAGGGUUGUCCGGGCUGCCUUUUAAAUUUAGGAAGUGUUGAAGGGUGAUUUUUGCAUGCCUUGGCCGGAGAAGGAGAAAUACAGAGUAGGACGAUAAAAGAAAAAAGGGGAUGGCACAUAAAAGCGUUCCGGCGCCAUUCCUGACAAAGACCUUUCAGUUGGUGGAGGAUAGAAGCACGGACGACAUGAUCUCAUGGAACGACAACGGCACCACCUUCGUUGUCUGGAAUCCUGCGGAUUUCGCUCGAGAUUUGCUCCCUAACUACUUCAAACAUAGCAACUUCUCAAGCUUCGUUCGCCAACUUAACAUCUAUGGAUUCCGAAAGAUCGUGCCGGACAGAUGGGAAUUUGCGAACGAGUACUUUCGGAGAGGAGAAAAAGAUCUUCUCAGCGAGAUACAUCGCCGGAAGACGACGGUACAUACCCACGCCGGGGAAAAAUCUAACGGAGUGGGUGGAGGACCUAUUUCGUUCCCCGCUGCUAAUUCUGGCGAGAACUUGGGAUCCAGUUCCACCACCUCUCCCGACUCCAAGAACCACCCGUCCGGCGAGGCGACGGUGACACAACACUUAUGGGAUUUGUCGGACGAGAACGAGAAGCUGAGGAAAGACAAUCAACUGCUGAACUCGGAGCUGGCGCAGAAGAAGAAGCAAUGUGAGGAGAUCAUUGCUUUCCUCUCCAAGUACGUUAGCGUAUCACCUGAUCAGAUUAAUCGCAUCAUGAUGCAAGGGCGCAAAGGGUCCAACAGCCAUGACGGAUUGUUGGAUAAGAAAGAAAAUGACGACGAUGAAAAAGAAGAGAACGUGUCAUUGAAGCUGUUCGGAGUAUGGUUGAAAGGAAGCAAAAGAGGGCGGGAAGAGAAUGGUGUUAUUAGUGGGACUAGGACCCCUCCUUUGAAAAAGAAGAAGAGAAUGGACUUUGAAGCCCCAUGGCCAUGGAUGAAGAUCAACUCUUCUUCUGGAGAGACUAGCAAGGUUUGCAAUUAAGUUUAGCGUUGCAUUACA